AUUUGUUAAGAUAAAUAGUAAAGUGAAUUUUGGUCGUAUUAAAAGGUUCCGUAUGUAAGUGUAUUAAUCACAGAUCACUGAAGUUCGGGCUAAUUGUUGACUUUAUUUUUUAGAAGAGAAGACGUAAUUGCAGUGAUGACAGCCCGUGGUACUGCGAGUCGUUUUCUGCAAAGCGUUUUACAGAACGGCGUGGGUAGGUACAUCUGUCAACUGAAGAGGAUCACCUUGAUCUUCAGUAAGGACGCACAAACAUCAUUGGGUGCAAGGGAGUAUAUUGAAGAACAUGUGGUGGACUUUGCCAGAAGGAAUCCUAGUGUUGUGUUAUAUGUGACUCCAAAAAGAUGUCGGGUCCCAAAAAUUGUAGCCGAGUACUUGAAUGGAGCAGUAAAAGAAGAGGAAGUCAACAGCAAGACAUCUGAGGAAAUAGCACAGCUUAUUCAGAAAAUGGCUAACCAGUCUGGACUUGAUAUCAUCCGCAUCCGUAAACCCUAUCAUACAGAUUGCCCAAGUAUUCAGGGUCAGUGGCAUCCAUUUGUUAAUAAGCCAAGUAUGUUCAAUAUCAAGGACUUUGAGAAAGUUAACUCAAAACUAGAGUGUCCCUGAUCAUUUUUUGUAUGUGAGAUAUGUGUUCUUAAAGCAUGUGGACCUCCAAAACAUUUCUUCUUAAAUAAAGUUAAAUUUGGAUGGG